CCUGCGCGCCGUGGAGUAGGGCCGGCUCCUGGCAUGGCCGACCUCGAGCCGGAGCCGGAGCAGAUCCGCCUCAAGUGCAUCCGUAAGGAAGGCUUCUUCACGGUGCCCCCGGAGCACAGGUUGGGACGAUGUCGGAGUGUGAAAGAGUUCGAGAAGCUAAAUCGCAUUGGAGAAGGCACUUACGGCAUUGUGUAUCGUGCCCGGGACACCCAGACAGAUGAAGUUGUUGCUCUGAAGAAGGUACGAAUGGACAAGGAGAAAGACGGGAUCCCCAUUAGCAGCCUGCGCGAGAUCACCCUGCUCCUGCGCCUACGCCACCCCAACAUCGUGGAGCUGAAGGAGGUGGUUGUGGGGAACCACCUGGAGAGCAUCUUCCUUGUGAUGGGUUACUGUGAGCAGGACCUGGCCAGCCUCCUAGAGAACAUGCCCACACCCUUCUCAGAGGCUCAGGUCAAGUGCAUCACUCUGCAGGUGCUUAGAGGCCUCCAGUACUUGCACACAAACUUCGUCAUCCACAGGGACCUGAAGGUCUCCAACCUGCUCAUGACAGACAAGGGCUGUGUGAAGACAGCGGACUUUGGGCUGGCCCGGGCCUAUGGUGUUCCUGUGAAGCCAAUGACUCCCAAGGUGGUCACCCUGUGGUACCGAGCCCCCGAGCUGCUUCUGGGAACCCCUACGCAGACAACCAGUAUUGACAUGUGGGCCGUGGGCUGCAUCCUGGCUGAGCUGCUGGCCCACAAGCCUCUUCUCCCUGGUUCAUCUGAGAUCCAUCAGAUAGACCUCAUUGUGCAGCUCCUGGGGACUCCCAGUGAAAACAUCUGGCCGGGUUUCUCGAAGUUGCCGCUGGCCGGCCAGUACAGCCUGAGGAAGCAGCCAUACAACAACCUCAAGCACAAGUUCCCGUGGCUCUCAGAGGCUGGGCUGCGUCUACUUAACUUCCUCUUCAUGUAUGACCCCAAAAAGAGGGCAACUGCCGGGGACUGUCUGGAGAGCUCCUACUUCAAGGAGAAGCCCCUGCCCUGUGAGCCGGAGCUGAUGCCCACCUUCCCCCACCACCGCAACAAGCGCGCUGCCCCUGCCACUGAGGGUCCCAGCAAGCGUGGCCGGCUGUGA